GGCAACCGUGGAUGCCACCAGAGAAGAGCUUCACUGCGAUACUCGGAGGAGACGGAAUCGGAGAGAAGGCUACUCCGAGAACAAGCUCCUCUGCUGAAUCUUCAAACUGCAGAGACCGCAGGUUUUCUGAGCAGAGAAGAGCAAGGAAGAAGCCAACGAAGCAAAUCCAACACCAGUGGAGAGACGCCGGGGUAUAGGGCGGCAAGCAUUUCGGAGCACUGUCCACUCAACCUCUGACCUGGAGGGGCUGACUGCUGCGAACCCAGCACGCAAUGGCAGAAUGGAUCAAAUCCGGACAGUGCGGAGUGAAGAGCAGGCUGGAUUUUGAGGAGCGAUGUGAAAUUUAGCGGCCGGGACUUGGAUUGUGCGCGUGCAGAGGGAACCGCUGUCCGUAAUUUGCUCCCGAGAUCUGCCCUCGCCCUCCCUUUCCCGACGUCGUAGUUUGCUACGUUAGUGGCUCAAAGGCACCAUAACCUACCUCAAGCUCAAGCUCAUCCCUUAUUGUUCGCUCCCUUUUGCGUUGUGCCUCUUUCGUAUUCAGUAAUCGGAACCGCAGCUUUGUUCUGCUGCUGCUGCUGCUGCUGCUGCUGCUGCUUUUGCACUGUCGUUAGUUGUCAGGAUUGUGUUCAUUUUCUCUCCCAGACUCUUAUUAAACACGGAAGCCAUGGGGGAGUUGGAGAGGAGAGGGAGGACGAAGAGGAUGGGGAGAGGGAGGAAACAUAGCGGUGUGGGGGAAUUUUGAUGAAAUACUGGCGGCGCAAGGGGGGAUGUGUUGUGCAAAUGAGGUGAGAGAUUGAUGAGUUGGAGUGGAGCGAUGGAGCGUGGUGAAUCGCGGGAUGCAAGUUGAUUUAUAACCAUAGAAUUGGAUUUCAUGCGCGUUGUUGGAUUUUAUUAGGGCUAGUUGGGCGUUGGGAUGUGUUGAAUGUGGAGUUAGGAGGUGGUUCUGAAGAUCUAGCUGCACGGCGCUUACGAUUCCUGGAGGUUGUUGGAGCCGAGAAUCUGGAUUUGUGAUUUGGAUCAGGCGAUGCUCAAUAGCGGCGCUCCGGAUGCAAGUGUGCAGGAUUGGCGUAAUGAGGUGUCUGGUUAGGGUUGAUAGCAUGAGCAAUGCAGUAACGUUUCAGAUAUGAAAAUUUGUGGCGUGCAUGGUUUGCGAAGGCUGUUGUAGAAUUGGAUCGUGUGAUGUGGGCAGCUGGCACUGUUGAGCCGAGGGACAGUUCUCCAUAACCUUCCGAAUCUUAUUACAUGAUAUACUCGGGGGUUCUUAGAUUCCUGCAUUCAGGUGGCAAGGCGCUUCUGGAAUAUUUCACACUCUUGCUGCAAGGUGGAACAGGGAGGUGAUUUUGCCUACACUUUCAUCGUCUUGAAUGUCGGCGCAGAUUAUUCUAUUGAGGUGGUUUGGCUACGGACACCUUCUCUGGUAGCUAGGAGUGUGUGUGCUCAGCCAUUUACGUACCUUAGAACUGGAAGAUAGUGGUAUUCAAAGGCGGCGACCUUUGCCUCGAGAUGCGAGUAGGGACGUUCGCGGAAACGUCUUCAGCUUAGGGAUAUAUCCGCAGCGUUGAAUCAAAUAAAAGUUCUCAUGAGCUGCAGAGCUAGUUUCAGCUGUUUAGGCGGUUGAUAUCGGGGAUCUCGUGUGAUAAUUUUGAGAAGGGAAGGUGGAGGGGUACAAAGUGUUUAGUUGUCCCGGCAGGUACUCAACAGGUUUUGGACAUGGAGUAUGAGAGUCCGACCUUCUUAUCAACUGAGUUCCGAAUAUUCUGUUUGGGCGAGUACGUGUAUUCUACGUUAUCUAGAAGGGUGGAAGAUGUUUGCGAUGUGUUAUACAAAAUUGCCCGACAGUGGAGUGUGGAAUUUGCUGUUCAAAAGUGAGUCUUCUUUUAUACCACGGUUUGUCAACCUCAUGGUUCUGAUUAAUCCACGUCUUCAUCGUGACCAACAAGAUCAAUUGAAGCCUUUGUUGACCAGAGCUUUGGAUCAGCUACUAUGGCAACGGGUAAUGAAUCCCCGAGUCAUGAGAGGCCUGAUCGCUUUGGCAUGUCCUAAUCAAGACACUGCUCUUUUAUUUGGUUAUUUGAUGGAAAUCAUUGCUGAGCUUGUUUGCAACAACCCAACUCCUGAAGCAGAUUCAAAGAGCAACAUUGACGUUGAGGCUGCACCUUCCAGUACAUUGAAACUACAUCAUGAAAAGGCGAAGGUGGCGCAGUGUUUGUACCAAAACUAUUGCCUCGAGCAAGUCUACGUUGCAGGAAUGCCACCACCGGUGCGGGAAGCUGUACUGACAGCUUUGAUGGGAUGUUCGGAAGCUCCGUUAUUGGGGUCGGGAUUUUUGGAUACUUCCUCACAUAGUCUUCAACAUGCUACUCCUAUUUGUUGCAUCACUUUAGAGCCUCUCUUGUGUCCUGAUGGUGCGAUUGCACCUGAUGUUGUGGCAGUGAUACAACGAAGUGCCACACUUAGCAAGAAUCAUGCUUUUCUUUACCGGGGGCGUGCACUUUUUGAGUGGCUCAGCUCUUCGCCAGUUCCCAAGAGCCCGGAAACACGAGCAAUGGUAUUGCCAACCGACAUAUAUAGACUCUCUUAAUCUUGAGGACUGUCCUUUCUAUUUGUGCACUUUGUCGGCGUACUCUGCACUUAUACACCGACAUAGGUUGACAAAUUUGACUGACAUGUCUAAAUAUUUAAAGCCUGGAAUUGUAAAAUUAUAACAGAGCAUCUUUAGUUGUCAUUGAUUGGUUGUGGAAAUCAGGCGUAAAGAACUUAAUCUUGACACCAGUCAGUCAUGUCAAACACUUGGUAGCACACUUUUGAAAAGUCCGAUUAUCAGAGGAAUGUAGGAGGGCCAGCAGCUUCAUAUUUCAGUACUUGUCUUAUAUUUAAUUCAUAUGAUUCGAGACUCAAACCUGUUUUGUUUA